AAUUAGGACUAAGAAAACUGGUCGGAGAGAAGGAAAUGGCGGAUCCACUGAGGGGUUGGGGCUGCCUAGAGCGGCUCCUGCUCUUCCUGCUACUGGAGACGUUAUGGGGAGCUGGAGCCGGGCAGAUCCGCUACUCGGUGCUGGAGGAGCUGGACAAAGGCUCCUUCGUGGGCAACAUUGCCAAGGACCUGGGGCUGGACCCCCGGGAGCUGACGGAGCAUGGAGUCCGCAUUGUCUCCAGAGGUAGGACGCAGCUCUUUUCUGUCAACCCGCGAAGCGGCAGUUUGGUCACUGCAGGCAGGAUAGACCGGGAGGAGCUCUGUGCUCAGAGCGCACGGUGCCUGGUGAGUUUUAACAUCUUGCUUGAGAAUAACAUGAAAAUUUAUGGAGUAGAAAUAGAAAUAAUAGAUAUUAAUGAUAACUUUCCACGUUUCCGGGAUGAGGAAGUAAAAGUAAAAGUUAAUGAAAAUGCAGCUACGGGAACUCGGUUAGCGCUCCCCUUCGCUCGAGAUGCAGAUGUGAGUAUGAACUCUCUCCAGAGUUAUCAGCUCAGCCCCAACAUGCACUUCUCUCUGGACCAGAAAAGUGGAACUGAUGGACAAAAAUAUCCGGAGCUGGUACUGGAACGGCCCUUGGACCGGGAGAAAGUAGCUGUCCACGACCUUCUUCUCACAGCUUUAGAUGGUGGAGACCCCAUACUCUCUAGUACUAUGUACGUACGCGUGAUGGUCCUCGAUGCAAAUGAUAAUGCGCCCCUCUUCACUCAAUCUGAGUACAGAGUGAGUGUUCCAGAGAACAUACCUGUAGGCACUCAGCUGCUUGCGCUAACUGCCACAGAUCCAGAUGAGGGAAUAAACGGAGAAUUAACAUACUCUUUUCACAAUGAAGAAGAUAAAAUUUCAGAGACUUUCCAACUUGAUUCCAACCUGGGUGAAAUCUCAACUCUGCAAUCACUGGAUUAUGAAGAAUCCAGAUUCUACCUCAUGGAAGUGGUAGCUCAGGAUGGAGGUGCUCUUCUUGCCAGCGCUAAGGUAUUGGUCACAGUACAGGAUGUGAAUGACAAUGUCCCAGAAGUGAUCCUCACAUCUCUUGCUAGUUCAGUCUCUGAAGACUGUCUUCCUGGAACUGUAAUUGCACUGUUUAGUGUACAUGAUGGUGAUUCUGGAGAGAAUGGUGAGACUGUAUGUUCUAUCCCCAGGAACUUGCCCUUUAAAUUGGAAAAGUCAGUUGAUAAUUAUUAUCACUUAUUGACAACGAAAGCCCUGGACAGAGAAGAGAUCUCAGAUUAUAAUAUCACAAUAACUGUCAUUGACAGUGGAAACCCACCCUUGUGUACAGAAAGCCACAUCUCCCUGAAUGUGGCAGACAUCAAUGACAACCCGCCCAUCUUCCCUCAGACUUCAUACUCCACCUACAUCCUGGAAAACAAUCCCAGAGGCAUCUCCAUCUUAUCUGUGACUGCGCACGACCCUGACAGUGGCAACAAUGCCAAGGUCACUUACUCUCUGGCUGAGGAUAUGUUUCAAGGAAUGUCUCUGUCCACCUAUGUCUUCAUUAACUCCAAUACAGGCAUCCUGUAUGCUCUGGGCUCUUUUGACUAUGAGCAGGUUAAAGAGCUGCAGCUGUGGGUAAUGGCUAGUGACAGUGGAGACCCUCCACUUAGUAGCAACAUGUCACUGAGCCUGUUUGUGCUGGAUCAGAAUGACAAUGCCCCCAAAAUCCUAUACCCCAGCAUUCCCACUGAUGGCUCCACUGGCGUGGAGCUGGCUCCCAGAUCAGCAGAGCCUGGCUACCUCGUGACCAAGGUGGUGGCGGUGGACAGAGACUCUGGCCAGAAUGCUUGGCUGUCCUACCGCGUGCUCAAGGUCAGCGAGCCAGGACUUUUCACCGUGGGGCUACACACGGGUGAGGUGCGCACUGCACGGGCCCUGCUGGACAGAGAUAUGCUCAAGCAGAGCUUAGUGGUGGUGGUCCAGGAUCAUGGACAGCCCCCUCUUUCAGCUACUGUCACACUCACUGUGGCUGUAGCUGACAAUAUCCCAGAUGUCCUGGCUGACCUGGACAGCCUCAAGCCCUCAUCCUAUGCUGAUGACUCCAGUCUCAUGCUGUACCUUGUGGUGGCAGUGGCUGUAGUCUCUUGUGUCUUCCUCGCCUUUGUCAUUGUGCUACUGGCGCUCAGACUGAGGCGCUGGCACUCUUCCAGUCAGCUCCAAGCUUCAGGAAGCAGGUUGGCUGGCAUGCCCACUUCACAUUUUGUGGGUGUAGAUGGGGUGGGAGCUUUCCUGCAGACCUAUUCCCAGGGGAUUUCCCUUACAGCCAACUCCCGAGACAGUCAUGUGAUCUUCCCCCAGCCCAACUAUGCGGACACACUCAUCAGCCAGGGGAGCUGUGGGAAAAGCGAGCCUCCUCUGAUAUCUGAGAAAAUAAAUGUAAAUGAAGAGCUAGGAGUUAUACAGGUGACUUUAGUAACCACUACUGCAGUUCUGCAGCCCAGACGCGGGGUGCCGCUGUUGGCUAGUACUGAGCGAAGUAUCAGCUUCUCCCGGCGCAAAGAAAUCAUUAGCCCACCGCGAAACCGCGAGAAUUGGACACUGCCUCUGGCCCUCUGA